AUGCAACUUAUCACUCUUCUCCUCAACUCAUUUUUCAUUUAUUUUGGACGGUGCGACACGAAAUCAGUAGAAAAUAGUUUGAAUAAUAGUGGGAACGAUGACAUCAGUUCCUCUGUGAUUUGGCGUAGCAUUGUCGGUGAUAUUUGCCAAUUAUCAUCCCUUCCACGACCAACAACUGAUCCAAGCAAAUACAUCAAAUGCGUAUUUCAAUCCGAAAAUACUGGAAAUCGUAGUGAUCUUGGUGUUUGGGUAUCAAACGACUGCCCGAUUGGAUAUCAGUUUGUAGCAUCAGCUCGAGAAUGUAAAAUUGAUGGAUUCAUCAAAGCUCGACAACAAUUAUGCGAUGGACCUAACGCUGAAAAAUACAAAUUCUGCCCUCAGUUAAGAAAUGGUCCAAAAUUCAUGGUAAAAAGAGUUGAACAACAAAAGGAGCAGUGCUCGUGUUCUGUGGACGAUGAGAAUUGUGAAUGCCCAAAAGCCCGCCAAGCUCGUCAGGUGGUCUGUCAGGGUCAACAAGUAUGCACAAUCUCUAGUGAUAAUUGCGGUGACUGUUCGAAUGCAGGUGGUAUAUGUAUCUGCAGUCCGUCUGGUUCAACUUAUUUGCCCGGUGCCACUGAAUUUCCAAAUAAGCGAAUCCCGGAAGGUUGCCAUCUGCUGAGUAAUGGACAGCUUCAUUGCGCUCAAAUUCUGGAAGAGAUAGAAAAGCAACAACAUCCGACCAUUAUUGUACCACAAGCAUGCCCCAUAGUGGUUGGACAAAAUUUUGAGGAUGCUAGAUAUCAGAAAAUUUGUUCAUGGAUGAUCGAGACACUUGUUGCUGAUCCAGAAAAUCCAUCACAUUUUCUACAGUGCCAGCCAGCACCGAAUAGUUUGUAUUGUGGAAGAUGGCAACGCAUGUCUUGUGAACCAGGCCUCAUUUUUAAUGCUUUGCUACAGGUCUGCGUAUGGAAUCCUAGCACGCAAUCAGAGGAAAUUCCAUUACUAAAGUAUAGACCAAGUAUUAUUGCAACUUACUCAUCAAUAAGUCAGCUACCACAUGCUUCAACUGGGUACCCAAUAUUUCCUACACCGGUCGUUUCUCGGUAUGAUACAAAUACGCGGUGUACUUGUUAUGCUGGUCUGCAGAUUGGUUUUUGUGGUCCUAAUGGUCAGUGCCCAGGCCAAUCUAUUUGCAAAAGCAAUCAAAUAACAGAACAAAGAUCCGUAUGCAAGCACUGCAUUCUGAAUGUGGGUAUCGAAGCACAACACUCCAAAUGCGCUCGUGAAGUCAUUAUGAAUUUUCGAUUAAAAAGUUUAUAA